AUGUGGAGCUCUGGCAUAGUCCACAUCCUUGUAAUUCUUAGUUCUGUCAUUUCACACGUCUCUGCGGCAUCUCAAGUGUCUGCUACGUUCAGCAAUGCUGUUCAGUAUCAAUUCGACACAGACGGCAACGCAAUUGAUCUGACAAGUGGCAAAAUCGACUUUCUGGGAAGUGCCUACGUCUGGUAUGGUCUCCCGUUUGGGUGUGGUACCGCAUUCUGCGGAGUAGCGACCUACUCUUCACCAGAUCUCCAGACGUGGCACUACAAUGGAUUGAUCGUUGACCCCAGCGACCCCACAAUCGCAGCUCUAUGUCUAGCCCCCAACUCAGGCAACUGUGGACGACCUCAUAUUGUCUACAGUGCUGCAAAUAAUGACUAUGUGCUGUGGGUUAACGCUGGUUCGCCCGGCUAUGUUCUCUUCACGAGUAGCAGUCCCAUAAGUGGAUUUGUCCAAGAUCCCAAUCGAGCACUCAUUGGCUUCCAACCUCCAGGAUCAUUUCAAGGCGGUGACUUCAGUGUUCAUGUCGUCAAUGGUACAGGAUACUUAGCCUACUCACUUAUCGACUUUACCACCACUGGAGCAUCUAUUUGGCCACCAUUUAAUCAAUCAAUCUAUGCUCAGCAACUUACCCCCGAUAUGCGCAACACGACUGGACCGGCCUACCAUGUCGUCUCUGCUGCAAAUGAUCUCGUAGAUUUCGAAGCUGAGUCACCAGAUAUCUUCAAGCGUGGAGACUACUUCUACAUAUCAGCAUCCAAUACCUGCGGCUUCUGCACUGGUACACUCCUUAUCUUCUAUCGCUCCAAGUCUCUCGCAGGUCCGUGGACACGGCAGAUCAUCAGCGCAGAUACUUGUGGCGGUCAAUCAACGGGUGUCCUCACUCUUCCAUCACCAACGGCAGGAGGUCUUACUUCCUACCUCCAUAUUGCCGACCUCGUCGCCACGGCUCCUUUGACAGGAACGCGUACCGCAGCUCACGGCCAUCAAAUUCAGCUGCUGAACUUCAAUGCAGAUGGUAGUCUUCAGGAUCUAGACUGCUCACUCUCGAAAUCGGUUGGAGUCACAUUCAUCCCAGGCACAAACGUUUCAACGACCGGUCUUGCCACAUCUGCAACCGACAGCUCGGAAGCAGGGGCUUAUUCGCCAUCCUGCAACCUACCUCAAUUUCAACUCUAUCAGACUUGGGCAUCGUCAAAGACUGGUAUUUUGUCUGAAGUAGGUGUGAAUCUCGCCGGUGACUUCCCUACUGGAAACACAACAAUAACAAUAUUCCGCUAUCAAAACAACACCAACUUCUUCACACCACAUUUCGUCUGGGAAACACUCACCACCUACAACGUCGUUCCUGCCAAUGUUUCUCAGGCACUAGAAGUAGUUCGUGUCCCAGUGAAUGCAGCUGUAAGCACUGGGGAUAGAUUAGGAAUGGCAUUAGUGACGGCGAGUGUGACACCACUGUGCACUCUGGUGAUGAAUAGUGCGCAGUUGAUGUUCGAUCUUUCUACAAGUACGAGGACAUUGUUCGCAAAUGGGCCUGGACAAGUCAGUCUAAGGGGAAUCAAUGGUAAUACCCCACCUGUGGUUGUCCUGCCUGGUCAGGAGCUCAAGUGGUACGCUACUGUCAAUUAA